CCCUGCCCAGCCAGAGAUUAUGUAAUAGGUCCAGCUAUGUGCGCUUACUGUCAGUAAGGCAUUGCCCUUUCUGAUAGUUCUGAUGUUCAGUUGGAAAUCUCUGUUGAGAGCAGAAGAAAUCUCAAUUGGGAAGAGAAGGAUGAGUGAGCUCAGAAGGCAUCAUCAUCACACCACAUUGCUGUGUGUAAAGACCGUAGAAAGAAAAGUAAAAUCCAGGGAGAGUGAAAAACAAAAAAAAAGGAGGAGGCAGGAGAAGAAAUUGAAAAGGGAAUUAAAACAAAAGAGCUUAAACAGGAAGGGAAAAGAAGAGAAGAUGCAAUGUGAAAGGAGAAUAGAGAUUUUGUUCUCUACUUUUCUUAGGGACGUUAUGAUGGAAGACGUUGGACAGAAUCCACUGGCUGAUGUGUACCAGACGAUAGAAUUACCAGCACUAGAAGCCGUAAAACAGAACCUCGAUUGCCUGAAUUCAGACCUUGAAAAGGACCUGCAGAAACUGGAUAUGGAGAAUCAGGUUCUCCUUAGAAAGAUUAAAGAGAAAGAAGAAACUAUUCCAAGCCUGGAAAGAGAGCUGGCCUUGUCACUAGAAGAAGCCAAAGAGGAGGAGGAGUUGAACUAUAUCAUAGAUGAACAGGAGGAAUCCCUGAGGCAGCUGGAAUUAGAGACAGCAAAGCUGGAAAAAAGUAAUGCAAUCCUAAGCAGGAAUGUGGUGGAGAUUCAGAAAAAGAUUUCAGGGUUAUUUACAAAUAUUGGCCUUGAAGAAGAAACCACAAAGCAGAUCCUGGAGGAAAUGAAGGCAAGACUACAGAAGUCAACAGAGUCCUGUGCAAAGCAAGAGGAGGAACUGGCUGAGAUAGAGAGUGACUACCAAUCUGUGUCUGAGCUCUGUAAGGACCAGGUCUACUACAUAAAGAAAUACCAGGAAGUUCUGAGGAAGAUGAAAGAGGAAAAGGAGGCGCUGCUUCUUGAAAAAGAAAUAUCCAAAGCCCAGAAUGACUCCUCUCAAAUAGUGGAACCUGGGUCAAUUUUGGUGGACACCACCCAAAGAAACAUGGAGAGGACCACCAUUAAGAAACAAGGGAGAAUCUGUUGGUACAAGUAUUUCCAGUAUCUCACCUUCAUGGCCCUAGUCUUCAUUAGGUUGCUGGCUUGUGUGUUUUUCCACCUACAGUACAUAAACCCAGAUCUUCUCGUGGAUGUCCUGCCACUGGUGCUAAGCAGGGGCACCUUGGAGAGUCUGAGGAAGGUCUCACGUCCCUUCCUCACUCUAGCAGUGGAAGAAGCACUACCACAUUAGUCUGGGGUGACCUGGGGGCAUCACCCCACACCUGAGUGGAGGGGACCGUGGCUGUGGCCCCAUGUUGGGGAUGGCCAGGAAGGAUGUGGAAGCCUUUGACUCAGAGCCGCUACUUGACAUCUGAGUUUUUCAUUUCAUUUUUUCCCUGCUUUCCCUCUGGAAUGUCUCUCUUUCAAAUAAAGAAUAUGUUUGACAAGA